AUGCUAGACUCUGAUUUACAAGAAAUAAUAUCCCGGCAUCCUAUUGGGAGUGGAUUAGAUCAGUAUCGCGAUCUUGUUCGGGCAAAAUGUGAGGCUCAAGGGUUGCCGCUUGGGGCUUUUCAACAUCUCGAUGGUGAAGCGCUUAAAGAGAUCCUCGUGAAUCUGCUAGAAUCGCUACUAGCGCUACCUCCUGCAGUAUCGCUACGUUGCCGCAGUUUAGUUCUCACUAUUGCUAUAUCAAGACGUCUAUCCAGUAUCAACAAAAGCUUUGAUCGCCACCGAUUGAUACCUUUUUUAGAUGCCGCGCUGAAUGCUGACUCUGGCUCUGGCUCUGGCUUUGAUCAAGGCGUGUGGGGAAAUGCCAUCAAAUUUCUUGAAGAAUCGACGCCUCCCCCGCAAGCAGGGGCUGUAGCUUCACAGCAAACUCCACCGGAGCAAAAGACGGCCUCAGUUGCACAGCAAGCUCCAUUAUUCGUUAAUAGCGGGAGUCUUGUGAACACAUCGGAGCUCCGUAGAGACAUGGAUCAUGUUCUCAGUCAAGAGCUGAGUAAUAUAUAUGUCAAUGUGCCCAAUUUUCGCCAGACAUUUUUUGGCCUUGACUCACUCGAGCAUAUUGCUACAUCGGUCCUCGAGCGUUGCACCCAGGGUGAUGAUCCUCUGUUCAAGGAGGACCAUGUCCUCGCUUGGUUUUCCACCUUGAAUGAGAAGCUGUUCCAUCUGGCAAGAAGCGCAGACCCUUCUCUACAACUUCAGCAGCUACCGAGGUUAAGAACGAAGCCGAAGGAGCCCUUCGUUGGCUCCACAGCAAAACGCAUGAUGUAUAUUGGAUACGUGGGGUUCGUGGACAGCGAUGAAGCUAUCGACUUGAAACAUCAUUGGUCCCAUGUUAUGAUAGUGGGUGAAUUAAAGAAAAACCCAAAGACAGACAACCGGUCUGGCUCCUGGCUUCACGUUGCGAGAUACGCUAGAGAAGUGCUCGCUGCUCAAGACAACCGCCGGUUUGUCCUAGGAUUCACACUUUGUGGCUCCUUGAUGAGACUCUGGUCUUUUGACCGUCUUGGAGGUAUCGCUUCUGAACGAUUCGAUGUCAACCAAAAUCCCCUGGAGUUUGUAUCCGCUGUUCUUGGCUUCCUCAUGAUGAACAAUGAACAGUUGGGAUAUGACCCUACUAUUGUAAAAUCCGGGACACAGCGAUACAUCGAGGUACAUCGUGAUGGCCAAACAGAGCGGCUCAUCCUUGACCAAUUGAUAUUUCGCCAACCCUGCAUUGUUGGGCGAGCAACAACCUGUUGGAAAGCACACCGGGAUGGGGACGACGGCGAGACUAGGCAAAUUUUUGUGAUUAAGGAUUCCUGGCAGUAUCCUGAACGCAAUGAAGAAGGAUUGAUGCUCCAGGAGGCAACCGUGAAAGGCGUCAUAAAUAUGGCAAAAUACUAUCACCAUGAGGUUGUUCAAGUAGGAGGUACCGAUGACGAUAUUCGCAACAAUGUCCGGAAGGGCUUGGACUGGACGGUAGCUACCGUAUCACUACCAGUGGACUCUGAGGCGUCAUCUCCAGCGGUAUCAGUGCAGGUGUCAAACUCGAAUAAUUUGAUCACCAGCCAACGCGAAGCUCCUACUGGUCUAAGUAGCAAUGCCGGAAACCAACGAAAGCGUGCUUUGUCACGAGUCGAAUCACGGCUGCAUCCACGGAAGCGACGGUCGCCCAUGUCCACGCAGACAUCUCGCAACGAUGAAACGGGGAAUCGCAUCCAUCGAAGGCUAAUACUCCAGAGCUAUGGGAAGCGUAUCCACGAGGCCAGUUCACCGAGUGCAUUGCUUGCUGGUCUAGAAGCCUGCAUCAAUGGACACGAGUCACUACGCCGCGAAGCCGGUCUGCUGCAUCGAGAUAUUUCCAUCAACAACCUCAUGAUUAAUGAGGACGAAGAGGACCCCUCACAGCGAGGCUUUCUCAUCGUCGACCUCGCUAUCAAGGAGGCGCGGAGUAGUGCCUCGGGGGCGAAGAAGAAGACGGGGACGCGAGCAUUCAUGGCCAUCGGGGCCCUUCGCGGCGUUCAGCACUCCUUUAUGCACGAUCUUGAAUCAUUUUUCUGGGUCCUCUACUGGAUAUGUAUUCAUUACGACGGACCGGGCCAAUCUAUUGGUCCCAUCGAGUUCGAAAAAUGGAAUUACACUGAUGACAGGCAGCUUGCUUGGUCGAAAUCUGGGCUCAUUGGCGAUGAGCGUCAGUUCCUUUACGACGCGGAAAGGGACUUUACCGAGUACUACCUGCCGCUGCUUCCGUGGGUCAACAGGCUCAGAAGAGUUGUGUUUCCGAAUGGCAAGCCGUGGACGGAGCCGGAUGAAGGGCAGUAUGCAAAGAUGAAAGGUAUUCUUCGAGAAGCCAGAGAAAGUCAAAACCCAUGA